CUUGACUGCUGCUACUCUUUGUCGGGUAGCUGUGUCCUGAUCGGAUGGUAUUUCUUCUGUCAAGAGCUGCUCCAAGUCCGGAAAAUAACCUUCCUUUUUACUUUGAGUUUUGUCAAUAUCUACCACCUGGCUGAUGAAAUCUGCUUUACGUUUCCAUAAAAUGUAUUUCUCUUUCUCGGCAGCACAUGACGCUGUUGUUGGAAUGCCGUUGAUAUUGGUAGUUCAAAUUCAUAAGCUGUCUCUCUCUUCCACCCUCUUUCUCUCCCGCUCGUUAUUCCUCUGGUAAAGUGAGUCGCUCGUGUUGGUAAAAGAUGUAAGCUCCUAGUUGGAUGAACCGAGAAUGCCACCAAGGAAAUGGGAUCAGCGAGCAGCAGAUGGCAAUUUAGGUCUGCAGGAGUAAGGUGCAUAACGCAAUUCAGACGGUUCGUGGUUGGAUCGCCCGUCAUACAGUCAAGCAAGGAGAAGGCAAUCGAGUUUGAGUUUCCUUUUUACUACACUUACCUCUUUCGGCUCAUCGGAUGUGCUGUUGUCACCCUUCAGACUCUUGUUCAGAGGAAUACGAACCAAUCAACCACUACUAUUUCAAGCUGAUCGGCCUUCUCGCAUUCCUGUUCUCUUCCCGUCGGCGCGCUCUUGUGCCUGCAAGCCUACCGUGGGAUCCGGCCAGUAACAUUUCCUUGAACAAAAUUUUAUCAUAUUAAGUGCAUGAUCGGUGAGAGAGAACUCCGCAUCCGUUAUCAAAGUCUCGUGUUCACUGCGCGCACUUCGGUAUGGUCGGUAUCUUGAGUUUGGUCUACUUCAAACUUCGGAUGUCGGCUCCCGUUUGUGUUGACCGCAUCGAGGGGAGAGGACCUCAGCAGAGCUCUGGAAUGCUGGUUCAUCCCGCCAGAAUCUGGAACGAGAAUUCAUGCUCAUGAAAAGAUUGGCGUGAUAAUUAAAACAAAACAGUUCGGACUUGGUUGCGUUCGAAAAUUCCUUCUCCACGUCGACUCACCUGAAGACUGCAUCGAAAGAUCGUGAGAUCUGGUGCAAAACCAGUCUCACUAAGACCCUAGGGUGAAGGCUAACGAGCGUCCGACCAGUGAAAUGACUCGCCGCGCUCAGGGGCAUUCGUCAGCCAACGCAAAUCACCUGUCCACAAAGCUUGUCGCCUCUUGUCACUCUUGGCAUCUCCAAUUUAUCUUGGCAAUACCAUCAACUCGAAAAACCUCACGACUCGCGGGGGAGGAGAAUAUAUCGUCAAAACAAGGUGAUACACGGUCAAAUCGAAGCGAGAGCGUGUUGUGUACGGCCUGCGAAAGGCCCGAAGGUUGCACCUCUUCCUGUUGAGAAACAGCAAGGUUUGAUGGCCGUCCGAAGAUGUCUAUUAAUGAUAUCGAGACCUUUGUUUUAUUGUUUCCCAACGACGAAUGGAGUGACACAGGCUACGAUGAUUCUCUCGUGGCACAAUUACGGCCCAACGUCUCUUUUACUCAAUUCGCCGACGACAAUCUCCAAACGCUCUCGACGCGGAAUGCAAACCAGGAUGGAACCAUCAGUGGCUUCCUCUACGUGCCCGACCUCAAUACCGACGAUGCAUGCUACAACCUUACGAAACAAUACGCUCCAGCCAACGUCACCCGAACCGCCAAUCUCCCUCAGACCGACUUCACACUCGUAGCACUCGCUCCUUGGAUCAAUGUCGACUGUACAUUCGAAUACAUGGCUGCUGCUCGGAUGGCUCCAGUCCGAGCCUUGAUAUUCUAUCAGCCUGGAGACGAUACAACGACUCCAGAUUCCAACUCAGCGGCCUGGGAUCUUCAAGAUGGCGGGGCAUGGAGGACGCACCACCCAUUCCCAGUAUAUGCCAUUCCCGGAGCACUCGGUUCAUCCUUGAUGCACCAGCUGAGUCUGUACUCUGGAAACAUGACCGAAGUACCGUACGGGCACGAAAUCGCGGAACUUCCUGAUGUCGAUGUCAGAGAUUAUGUCCGGCUGUACACGGAAAUCGGGCUGAGCACCAAGACGGUCUUGCCGACCCUCUGGGUCUACUUCCUGAUCGUCCUUGCUGUUCUGGUGAUCUGUCUGGGAACUAUAUCCGGUCUCAUGCACUUCGUUCAAAGAUCUAGACGGAAAUCGUUACGUCGACGUGUUGCAAAUGGCGAAGUAGAUCUCGAAGCACUUGGAAUUAAACGACUUAGAGUUCCUCAAAAAGCAAUUGAUCGCCUACCAUUAUUCAUCUACGUGUCAGAGGACGAGAAGUCAUUCCCAGCGUCGCCACAGAAAGAGGAACAUUUCGUCAGCAUGACACACGAAGAUGACUUCAGUGGAGCUUCCACGGUUGUCGGAUCGGACCCCCGCAUAUAUGACAUGAUGUCUGCCAAAGAGCUUGCUACUGCAGAACUCAUUCCAAUCGAUGAAAAGACUCCUAUACCAGAUUCUACACUCGUCCACAGAUUUCUUCCAUACGUUCAACCUACUUGUGCUAUCUGUCUAGAAGACUUCGAAUCUGGUAUCUCUGAGAUCCGAGAACUACCUUGCGGCCAUAUCUUCCAUCCAGAAUGUAUCGACACCUUCCUCGCCAACAACAGCUCGUUAUGUCCGAUGUGUAAAAAGAGUGCGUUGCCAAUCGGUUUCUGUCCUACAAUCAUAACGAACGCAAUGGUUCGAAGAGAGCGCAAUCUACGGCGAAUCAGGUCGCGGGUCUCUGUUCAAAACGAACCUAGAGAUGUUGAGGCCUACGGUGCCCGUCGGCGAGUUCAAGAUCUCAGAGCAAACAUCCGAAAACACUUUUUGAGCCCACGUCAAGCGGUGCAGCCAUUACCUAGGCAGCCUCAACCAGUGUUUGUGGCUCAUCCUGGGGCAGGUCGUGAUCAAGGCGCUUUGAGUCUGGAGCUCUCGGGACAAGAUUUUGUUGAGCGGAGGAUUCGAGAAUUGCAAGCUGGACAGAUUCCGAUACGAGAUCCGGAUCUCGUUAGUGAGAGGCAUAAAUCUAAGUGGCGGAAGAAUCUUUCCAAGGCAUUUCCCGGCUUUUGAAAAGCAUCGAUUCAGGGUGACGAGAUGAGAUGAGAUGAGAUGAGAUAUUUGAUAUUUGAAUUUAGCGUUUGCAUUUGCAUUGAUUGGCGGUGUGUGUUUAUUGGCGUUUGCAAAAUACCUUGGGAGGAUUAACGGACGAUUUUGGAGUAUUAUCGGUGAAGGGGUUUGCCUAUAAAGUUGGGAAAGAGGGGGACAGGAUCGGUUGGAUAGGAUGGGAUGUGAUGGGAUUGGAUAGGACAGGAUAGGAUCUUUCUCCACCACAUUUUGGUACCUUUGUACACAGAGCUCCAAUACGUUGAUCGGGGAGUGGCAAGAGAAGAGAAGGACGGAUAUGAUAGAUCUAAUGAAUGAAGA